AUGGAAAAUAAGGAUUUGAAGACGAGUUAUUCAAAUCAAACGUUACGUCCAAUCUACGCAGGUACAAGCGCCAUCGCUACAAUUUCUCAAGAUGGUUCAAUCCUAGCGACACCAGUACUGGAUGACAUCGAAAUAAUAAAAUUAUCUCCUCUCCAAGAACGAUUAACUACAAUCACGAACAAUGAUGAACAAGAAAUUACAUGUUUGAAAUUGACUCCCGAUGGGAAAUUUCUGAUCUCAAUCGCUUUACAAUCACAAGCGUUAAAGAUUUACAAUUUGACAGCCAUCGAGGGUGAAACAACGAUGAACACUAAACAGCAGUCCUUGCAGCCAAUUAAAACUUUGAAAUUAUCUUCACCUUCAUAUAUAAUGGAUUGCGAUUCCACUUCAACUUUAGUAGCUGUAGGAGGGACUGACGGUUCCAUUAUAGUAGUGGAUAUUGAGAAUGGAUUUAUUACUCAUUCAUUUAAGGGGCAUGGGGGGACCAUCUCUAGUGUGAAGUUUUACGGGAACAAUGAUACUAAUUGUUGGUUAUUAUGUUCAGGUGACACUAACGGUAUGGUGAAGAUUUGGGAUCUUGUCAAAAGAUCAUGUAUACAUACUUUACAAGAACAUAACUCCGCAGUGAGAGGGUUAGAUGUUAGAUCCGUGAGUAAGGAAAAUGAUAAUGUCGUUUUACAAUUAUUAUCUGGUAGUAGAGAUAAUAUUGUUAAUCUCUGGGAAUUUAAUUUAAGGAAAUUGUGUAAACUACUGAAAACUUUACCUGUUAAUCAACAAGUAGAAUCAUGUGGUUUCAUUCACGAUCAUGAUAAUGAACUACAAGAUAUUAUUUAUACUGCAGGUGGUGAAGCUAUAUUCCAAUUGAUUUCGUUAUCGAAAGGCUCCGUUAUCAAGCGAACUGUUAAACCAACUGAAGAAUUGUUUAUUAUAGGAACUUUGCCAUUCACAGCCACGAACAACGAUCUGAAUUCAUACAUUGUCAUGUCAGAUCAAACUUUACAAAUGAUUAAUCUAACAAAAGCAUUGUCACCUACUGAAUUGUCGAAUCCAAUUAUCGAGAUUGAAUCUUGUAUAGCAGGUAACCAUGGUACCAUUGCUGAUAUGAAAUUUGUUGGUCAAGAUUUAAACAAACUAGCUUUAGCUACAAAUUCACCAACUUUAAGAAUUAUUCCAGUACCAUCCACUAUGAAGGAAGCUGCAGAUCCUAAUACCCAAGAUAACAGUGCAGAUUUACCAAUAAAUAUGGAAACAUAUGAAGGUCACACUGAUCUUUUGAAUUCGUUAGCAGCCACAGAAGAUGGCCAAUGGUUAGCCACAGCUUCUAAAGAUCAUACUUCGAUCCUUUGGAAGUACAGUAGUGAAACUUCAAGAUUCUUCGCCUAUGCGAAAUUUAUUGGUCAUUCAUCCUCGGUAACUGCAGUCGGGUUACCAAACGUACUGUUAAGAGGAUAUCCUGAAUUUUUAAUAACUGCAUCCAAUGAUUUAACUAUAAAGAAAUGGAAAAUACCAACGCCAUCUAAAGAAAGAAGCGAUGAUGAAUCAAAAGAUAAAACUCAUAUAAUUAAAGUGUCUGAAUAUACACGUCAUGCUCAUGACAAGGAUAUAAAUUCCAUUUCCAUCUCACCAAACGAUUCAUUGAUUGCCACGGGUUCAUAUGAUAAAUCGUGUAAACUAUGGAAUUUAGAUUCAGGUGAAUUGGUAGCAACUUUAAAUAAUCAUAAACGUGGUAUAUGGGAUGUUUCAUUUUGUCAAUUUGAUAAAUUAAUUGCCACUUGUUCUGGUGAUAAGACUAUCAAACUUUGGUCAUUAGAUACAUUUGCCGUUUUGAAAACAUUUGCAGGUCAUACGAAUGCAGUCCAGAGAUGUACAUUCAUUAAUAAACAAAAGCAAUUAGUUAGUAGUGGUGCCGAUGGGUUAAUUAAGAUUUGGGAUUGUACUACUGGGGAUUGUUUAAAGACUUUGGAUGGUCAUGAUAAUAGAAUUUGGGCAUUGACUACAUGGAAUGAUGGUGAAUUAAUUGUCAGUGCGGAUGCAGAUGGUGUUUUACAAUUUUGGAAUGAUUGUACAGAAUUAGAAAUACUUCAAAAUUUGGAGAAUGAAAAGGAAAAAGUGGAGAAUGAACAAUCUUUAAAAAAUUUCCUUUUGAAUGAAGAUUGGACCAAUGCAUUCUUAUUAGCGUUAACAUUAGAUCAUCCAAUGAGACUUUUCAAUGUUUUGAAACAAUCUUUACUUUCGUUACAAGAACAAGAAGAAGGUGCAGAUGGGAAAAUAAUAAUUUUCAAUAAAGAAUUAGAUAAAAUCAUUGGUAAACUAUCAAAUGAUCAACUAAUAUUAUUAUUAAAGAGAUGUAGAGAUUGGAAUACAAAUGCUCGUACGCAUACUAUCGCUCAACGUACAAUUAGAUGUAUACUGUUGCAAUAUAACAUCGUGCAGUUAAGUGAGAUACCUGGAUUAGUUCAAAUAAUUGAAAGCAUCAUACCGUACACUCAAAGACAUUUCGAUAGAGUUGAUAAUUUGGUGGAACAAAGUUAUGUUCUCGACUAUGCCUUAGUGGAGAUGGAUAAAUUGUUUUAG